AUGUCCGGGCUGCUGACAGUUCAGCAGGUUGACCCGUGGCUGCAGUUCAACCCGUACGUUGUGACCGGCUACCGCCCACGCAUGUCGCCCCGCGCCGCGCUGCGCUCCUUCUUUGCGUGGCACAACGAGUCCUUCAACGUCUGGUCGCACACCGCCGCCGCGUUCUUCACGCUGUACCUCGCGGUAUUGCCACCCACUGACGACAGCGCGGUGUCGGCGGCGGCCCCGCUGCAACUCCAGCGGCAGCGGCCGGGCGGAGAGGGGGCGCUGCUCAACGCCAGCCCGGCAACGGUGUUCCGCGGCACGUGCCUGGUCUUCCUUGCCAUAUUUGUCUGCAGCGCAGCGUAUCACCUUUUUAUGCCGUGCACCACGUCGGAGGGCGCGUACCGGCGCCUGCUGAACUGCGACGUGCUCGGCGUCGUAACAUCCAUAACGGGCACGGCGUGGUGCUUUCUCUACCGCGGCAAUGCGUGCGGCAGCGGCUGGAGUUCCCACGUCGGGGCCGUGGCGCUGCUCUUGUCGUACGUAGCGGUGUUAUACAGCGUGCUCUUCGCCGUCCCGUGUGGGGCAAUGGGACGUGCAAAGGCGAUUGGCUUUCACUGCGCACUGCGUCUUUCCAUUCUGCUGUGGAUGGAGCUGCCAAAGGUCCAGGUGCAGGGAUACCACCAGGCGCUUAACUACCACGCGGUGAGCUACCUCUUUAUUAUAGUCGGCGGCGCUGUCAACGCGCUUCGCUUCCCUGAGAAACAGUUGCGCCACGUAUUGCAAAACUCACUCUCAUCUUUAUCAUCAUCAUCAUCAUCAUCAUCAUCUGCACUAGCGGCAACAACAAGAAGAACAACAGCUGCGACUCUAUCGGUGAUAUCAAGAUGCCUCACGCGCUUCUGGCGGUGGUUUGGCAUGUAUGUGGUUUCGGGUGCCGAGAUUGAUUAUGCGUGGAACAGCCACAACCUAUGGCACUACUGUGUCAUCAUGAGCGCGACGUCGACGCUGCUGGGGUGCUACUACGACCUGGCGGAAUUCGAACUUGCGAGGUGCUGA